AUGAGAGAAAAGACUGUCGAUGCGCCUUCGCGACUCGCCUGUGUGCAAUGCCGGCGCCGGCACCUCAAGUGCGACGGUGUCACGCCAACGUGUCAGCGAUGCAUCGAGGAAGGCUCAGACUGCGUGUUCGCACCGUCAAGGCGUGGGCUCGCCAGGAAGCGUCCAGCUCCAGACAGCUCUGCGGUCCAGGCCGCAGAGCUCGGGAGGAUGUCGAUGAGGAAGCCCGACGAGACUGCACCGCGUAGCCAGAUUAGCUCGCUCUCGCCGAGUGGGUCGUACAAUGGAGCGACGUCCGACCUGGAGACGAGACUCAAUUUCCGGCCACGAAUGCCAGAGCUUGCAUCAAACGUCAACAUCGCAUCUACGACAAUGGCGACAAUCAAUCCUGGGCUCAGCGAUGCGGACAAGAACAAGCUCAUCAACAGCUUCUACCAACGCUUUUAUCCAGCCCAUCCGAUCAUAGUGCCGCGGGCCUUCUUCUCGUCGCAGCACUAUCCCCAUUAUCUCGAACUGGUCAUAUGCUUCAUCGGACAGCAAUACCAAUCCACUCCAGGUCCGGUGCCGAAUCAGCUUCCGGGUAGCAACGCGAUGAACCUCCACCAUCUUGCGAGCGUUGCCAUGUUGGAAUCUAAGGACGAAGACACGGUCCACCGCGUACAGGCCCUCAUAUUUUAUUCCAUCGCUCUCCAUGGACGGCAUCAGACCAAAGAAGCGGAGUCGUGCGUCGCCCGAGCUGCGCGCAUCGCGUUGAUGGUGGGUCUGAAUCGACCUGAUUUUGCGCGUGACGCUCCGGUCCAAGACUUGAAGAGAGAGGAGAGCAUUCGAAGGACCUGGUGGGAGCUCUACACCAUCGACGCGUACAUUUCCGCGCUGCAUCGCAAACCAAUGUUCACGAGCAGCAACAUCAAACCUUUGCCACUUCUUCCUUGCGCGCAAUCGGAUUUUGAACUUUACGAUCUUGACGUACCACCCGUCUCCCUCAACACUUUCAGUGGGCGAGUCUUUGCAGACGAAAAUGUCGUAUUUUCCUCGUACUGCUACCGGAUUGAAGCAGCGCGCAUCAUCGAGCGAGUCUUGUCGCUUUCCGCGCUCGAGAGCGCUGAGCCGGACGAGAUACAGAACGUUGACAACGCAAUCGCCAGCUGGAAAUUCCACCUGCCCAACCACGGCGACACUCUGAUUCAAUCGUCUGGCGAAGUCGACCCGCUGCUGUUCCAAGCUCAUUUCAUGAUACACUGUGCGACUAUUUUCCUCCACUUCCCGCGGAGCGAGCUACCCGCUACGAUACCUUCGACCAACGACAUCGCCUGCGCGAAAGGUUACCGACAACUUCCACCAACCUCUUCGCACCACACUGCGAAGACCAUCAACGCCUCGAAAGAAAUAUCCAACCUCGCGUCGAUUCCCGGACAACUCGAUCAACAUUCGCCCUUUUUCAGCUGCGGGCUCAUUUUGAGCUGUAUCGUCCAGCUCGCCGCCGCCUCGACGCACCUCCAUUCUUGCGGCGCGCGAUGCUUUCAGCAGCAUCGCGACCGUGUCGUGUUGAUCCUCGGCGUUCUCAAAUGCCUAGGCCCAACCUGGGCAGUCGCACACAAUGCUGUACAACAAUUACGGGUUGUCGCGAACACGAUUUUCACCGCUGACUCGCCGGAAGAGUGUGCCCCGACGACCAACAGCUCCAUUCACGAUAGUGCGUUGGACUUGGGCGAAUUACCGGAUUCGCUGUCUUGGUUCGAUCUUCUCGCGCCGGGAGAGCUAGAGGAAUCGCUACUCGCCUUCAGCAACACUCGGACUUGA